GCUAUGUUUUCAUCGGAAAGUACGCGAUAAAUGCGGUGAAAUUCACUCUUUCUUUUGUGAUUCCCGGUUGAUAUUUAGGAGCUUAAGUUACAUCUUUACAAAUCAUAAAGGAGGUGAUGACCAGGGAAUAUGAAUGAAACCAAAAUGAGCGGUAGCUAUGCAUCUGAAGUCCUUCACCUGCUGGAUGAACAAAGACGAUCUGGAACAUUAUGCGAUGUGACUGUUGCCAGCAACGAUAACAUGGUCUUUAACGCCCACAGCGCUGUACUUGCUGCUUCAAGUCAGUUAUUCAAUUCCAAGCUCAGCGGUCAAAAUGUUGGGCAAGUUAUGUUAGAUUUGGGAGCAAAAAAUAUCCAGAUGCUUUUAGACGUAUUGUAUUCAGGCAUAUCUAACCUUGGACCGGAGGAAGUCAUAGACGUCCGCCUCCUGGCUCAGUCAUUUGAGAUGGUGGAUGUGAUAAAGCUAUGUGAUGGUGCCAUUGAGUAUGAUCAGCCGAGGGUUGUGAAACCAGACAUGGUGGAUCAGUCUACAAACACGAAUGAUAUUUCCAAGCCUGUUCCCAAGCCUGCAAAGAAAGCAAAGUUUGUUGAUUUUGAUGUUGAAGAUGAUGAGACUGUUGUGGAGGAGAGAUUGGAUAUGGUAGAUGAUCCAGAGUAUGAGCCGAGUAUGGACAUGGUCAAGCCACGCAUCUGCACUGGUAGGAAGCGUGGGAGGCCACCUGGCAAGAGAAAAACAGAUAGUACAACCACGGAAGUUAAAUCUGAGGUUGUGGACACUGAAGUACUUGGCAUUCAUGUAAGCGUUCAGGAAAACACUCUGGUGGAUAGUAAUGAACCUGGUCCCAAAACUAGAAGUCGCUCUGGCAUUUCAAAGUUAAAGCCAGCAGUGCAAAAGAUUCUAACAAAAGCUAGAGAACCUAGGAGAUCAUAUCACAUAACUCCUUCUAUCAAAAUUGCACCUUCGUUUAAAGAUAAGAAAGGCAAAAUAGUACAGACAAGUGGCAUUGACAAAAACCCUGGAUUGAGUACUGGUGAUAUUCUUUUAGUAGAGGAGACUUUAGUUAUUGAAGAUGGUCCAGUUUGUGAAGUGUCACUGGAGGACAGUUUUAACUCCAUAGUUACUCGCAUGAAACAUUUAAAAGACCACGCUAAUAUGAAAAACUUGGAAGCAGAUUCGGACCAAUUUCAGAAUCUAGUCUCAAGCUCUUUUACUGACAUACUGAAAAAUAUUGCACAAAAGGAAGAGGCUUCAAGAUCUGUGUCAGGUAAUUCAGUAGACGGUUUAAAUAGUGACUGGAAGAGUUGCGACUACUGCUCACAGUUCAAAGGCAAGAAGAAGGGAAGACUAGAUUUUCAUGAGAAGUACUGCUCUUCAGCUUACAAGUGUUCUUUGUGUUAUAAACCCUUCAUAAGUGACAUUGACCUGUCACGGCACAAGUGUAAAAAGAUCCAACAGGAGAGCAUUUGUGAAUUAUGCGGGAAAGUGCUGGUGAAUCGAUACGCCCUGCAACUGCACAUGAAAAUCCAUCUCAAUAUUAAAAAACAUGUCUGUCAAUUUUGCCCGAAACGUUUCAUUCGUAAGAAUCACUUAGAUGGCCAUGUGCGUGCUGUGCACACCAAGGAACGUCCAUACAAGUGUACACAGUGCACUGCCAGGUUUUCCAUUAAGGGCGAGCUAAGUCGUCAUGUGCAGAAGCACAGCACAGAGUCGCCAAAAUAUGCAUGUUCUGUUUGUGGGAAAGCAUUUUAUGAGCAGCAUCAGAUGACGUCUCACUUUAAGAGUUGUGAAAAGAAACACUGUUACCCUGUCAAAUUUGUCUGUUCUCAGUGUGGCGCUCAUUUUAGUGAUCAAAAUCAGUUGGUUAAUCACACGAGCAUGUGUCAGAUUGAUGCUAGUUCAACCGUGACACAUUAUGUGGAACAAAAGCAAAAUCCUGACGGUUCUGUCUUGCUUUGCAUCAUCCCAGAAGAUGGAGAUGGCAACGUUCAACGGUUCGCCAUUCCUGUUGAGCAUGAUAUCAGUGAGGAGCAUGUCAUUCAGAUUGGUGCUCAUGACCAAGUCACCCUUGAGGAUGUUCUGCAGAACACGCAACAGUUUGUUCAGUCCACCGAGAUCCACAACGUCAUCGAUGGCGAUCAAGUCUUCGAGUUACAAUCAGUCGAUAAUGAGACACUAAGCUACCAGCAGUUGACAAGAAUGCAAGACUUCCAGACGUUAGAGGUACCAAUCGAAAGGCUGGUCUCAGAAAAAGGUGAAGGAAUACAAGUUAUACAGGGUGUAUCGGUCGACACGCAGAGCCAUGUUCUACAGGGUGUUCCGAUAGAUGCACAGGGGCAAAAUGUUGAAAUUCUCGAACAUUCUGUGCCUCAAAAUUGUGAUGGGAACAUGAUGGAAGUUGAGACUGUUCCAAGCCAACAAUCUGAGAACUGCUUGGUGCAUAUCCAAGGUGGGCACAUUUACACACAAUCUCUAUAAAUUUGUGUGUAAAGUUCUUGAUUGUGAAGGUGCAGGUUCAUGCCAGAGCUCACUACUUCAAAAGGCCUUGGUACUGGAUAUUGGUGAUUGUUCUCUUUGAGACCUUAUAGACUUGAAAUAUUUACUUUGGUUUACUGAAAUGCUACCUUUUUAUCAAAAAUGUCAAAAAAGGUCUUUUAUAAUGUACUAAAAUCUACAUGUACUUCUUUUAUUUCUGUCACACUUAUUUUACGUCUUUAUAUAAUAUAUACAUUUCCUAAGAUUAGAUAAUAUAUAUUAUAUAUUAUCUUUUGUAAAGUGCUCAGGAAAUGAUAUAUUACCUUAUGUAAAAUAUUUCUUAUGUCCUGCUCUCAUUUUGUUACCUGAUACAUAAAGUUGUGUAUCUCUGU